AUGUCACCAUCUACGGCAGGUGUCGGAUGCGCAUUUAACCAUGACCCGCAGAAAGUGAAUGCGGCGCACUCAUGUAUCGACUCAAGUAGCAGUGGCGGUGUCGGCAUCAAACAGAAACGGCUGAACGUUGAAUCGCCCAGUUUCACUCCCUCGACGACCCCUAACAACGGUGCCGCCCCAACAUCGGCUGCAACGGUGAAGAAGCCGGCGACCUUGUCUCCAAAGGCUGCGGGCGCGGCACCGUUUCUUCCCAAGGGUGCAAUUUCACGUGCAAACUCGGGGACAUCUCAGCUACGACAGGAAACUGGAACUCCGGAGUGGGGUUUGACGGAAGUACCUGACUUUGUGCCACAGCGUUUUGAUACUGUGGACUCGCUUCAGGGAACUGGCAACGGCGUUCUGGGUGCUUCAAACGCCUUUGACCCGUUUGUCUCCUCGACCACCCCACUGGCCUCUGCUGGUGCAGUCGUCACCCACCAGAUGCAACAAAACCCAUAUGCUCACGACCACACCGGCAUUGGUGGCACCUCAUACUUCACCUCUCAAAACUCCUUCCAACAACCAGUUCAAUACCAUCUAUAUGCUCCUAUUGGACCCCAUAAUCAGAGCAUCCUUGGAUAUCAGCGAAAUGUUCACGACCUUUUCAUUCCAAACGACUUUCGAGAAGAACUGCAGAAGAAGGCUGCAGCUACCCUUCAAACCCUCCCCAACUCCCAACUCCCCGCUCAAAUUGAUAUCUUCCAUUCUCUGGUCCCUCUUGACGUGACGCAUCAGAAGAAUGCGACCAUCUUCGGUUACCCUAGCUGGGUAUACAAAGCCCAGUCAAGCAAGGACGGAAACUUUUACGCUCUCAGACGGCUGGAAGGUUUCCGAUUAACCAACGAAAAAGCUAUUCGGUGUGUUCAAAGCUGGAAACGUGUGUGUUCAGGCAGUGUUGUAGCGGUACAUGACGCCUUCACCAACCGGAGCUUCCAAGACAGCUCUCUCAUAUUCGUCACCGACUACCAUCCUCUGUCUAAGACGCUCGCCGAGCAACAUCUCGAUGGGCCGAACCGGUACCAAAGCCGCCAUGCGAGCACCCACCUGCCCGAACCAGUGCUAUGGGGCUACGUGACACAAAUCGCAUCUGCUCUCAAGUCUAUCCAUAGCGCUGGACUAGCUGCGCGAAUCAUCGACCCCAGCAAGAUCCUCCUAACUGGCAAGAACCGCAUACGGUUAAAUGCGUGUGCGAUACUGGACGUGGUGCAACAUGACACGCAGCGUUCCAUCGCCGACCUACAGAGUAACGACAUGGUCAACUUCGGCCAGUUGCUACUCACGCUAGGAGCUAGCUCCAUAGCACAUAACCCGACAAAGGCACUGGAACAUUUCUCCCGUGCCUACAGCGCGCAACUAUAUAACUCCGUCUUAUGGCUUCUAGGCGCCGGGCCAUCCAAGGACCCUCAACAACCUCCUCCCGACCGUUCCAUCGAUGUCUUUAUCACCGGGAUAUCCUCCCAACUUAUCUCCACCUUCGACUCUUCUCUCCACCUCGACGACCAAUUAACCUAUGAUCUAAGCCGGGAGCUUGAAAACGCACGUCUCAUCCGCCUCCUCACCAAGAUAAACUUCAUUACCGAAAGACCGGAAUACGACCACGACCGCCACUGGUCGGAGAAUGGGGAACGAUACUUCCUCAAGCUCUUUAGGGACUAUGUGUUCCAUCAGGUUGAUGCGCAGAAUAGCCCCGUCGUGGAUCUAGGGCAUGUAUUGACUUGUUUGAACAAGCUUGAUGCUGGAAGCGAGGAGAAAGUGACGUUGAUUAGCCGGGACGAGCAGAGUUGUUUUGUAGUUAGUUACAAGGAGCUGAAGAAGGGGGUUGAGAUGUCGUUUCAGGCGUUGAUGAAGCGCCGGUAA